AGUAGUCUAAAUAUUCGCAACACUUUUUUUAAUAUAACUAGUAAGGCUUUCAAUCCAUCGUACUCUAAACUGGCUUCAAUCUCCACAAUUGAACCUUCACCUUCAUCAGUGACCUCAAAACACAGCUCACUUUUACUUCCAUUGACACCAACUCACCAACAAAAAAAAGUCAACAAAUAUUCACCAGCUAAACCUCCCAUCCUGAAAAAUCUUCCAAACCAGACAAACGAUAAAAAAACAAAAUAAAAUGCAAAACCCGGAUUAAUUUUAUUGAUAUAAAAACCAAGCACUCGACACUAGCACAGCUCAAUCUCUGCGAAAGUGAUCGUGAAGAAAGUCAUCGCCACUUGCGCUCCAGACAUUUCGGAACAGAAUCCUUAUACCAUUUACCUUUCCAUUCCAAGCAAUGGCCCAUCGUUGGUGUUGUUUACUUUUGAUAGGAUUUCUACUGCUCGGGCUACAUUCAGCCAACGGAAACCUGCUCAACUCCAACCAGGAUCUGGUGGUACAGUUCGGCACGUACGAUGCGAUGCACGUGCAAUGCUUCUACCAGAAGCUUUACUCGGGCAUGAUCAGUCCGCAGAGUGUGACGUUCAACAAUCCGGCUGCUAAAGCGAUCAAGUACGUCAUUAUAGAGUCGGACCAAAAGCUCGAUCUCGGUGGCAUUUCGGCCUCGGUUACGGCGGGCACGGUUGGUGACAGUAAGGCAAUCACGGUCCAGGUAAACACAGCACCACAGACGGUAAAAUUCCUCAACAACUUUACGGUGAAAAUGUUCUGUGAGAAAUAAAUUUUAAA